AUGGAUGUGCCGAUCCGGGGCAUGGAGGCUGAAUGCGGGAGCACAGCGGCGGCGGUGGGGACCUUCUUGUCUCUGAGUGAGCAGGAGCAGCGGUACUACUCCGAGCUCCAUGCGCGGUGUCAAACUGACGGCUCCGGGAAACUGUCCUCUGUCCGAGUGGCCGAGCUCUUCAAGGCGUCGCAGCUGCCGCCGGACGCGCUGCAUAAAGUGACAGAGGUGUGUGGAGCUCAGAGACUCGGAUACUUUGGAACAGCUCAGUUCUAUGUCGCUCUGAAACUUCUUUCUGCGGCUCAGUCUGCUCUACCCCUGCGCAUCGAGAGCGUCUCUGCCAGUAAGUCUAAUGUUAGACAUCCUGGCCUGUUGUCUCCUCGUCAGACCUCCCUCCUUUUGUCUCCUCCUCAGAUCUCCCUCAUGUUGUCUCUCCUCAGACCUCCCUCCUGUGGUCUCCUCCUCAGACCUCCCUCCUGUGGUCUCCUCCUCAGACAUCCCUCCUGUUGUCUCUCCUCAGACCUCCCUCCUGUUGUCUCCUCCUCAGACCUCCCUCAUGUUGUCUCCUCCUCAGACCUCCCUCCUGUGGUCUCCUCCUCAGACCUCCCUCCUGUUGUCUCCUCCUCAGACCUCCCUCCUGUGGUCUCCUCCUCAGACCUCCCUCCUGUGGUGUCCUCCUCAGACCUCCCUCCUGUUGUCUCCUCCUCAGACCUCCCUCAUGUUGUCUCCUCCUCAGACCUCCCUCCUGUUGUCUCCUCCUCAGACCUCCCUCCUGUUGUCUCCUCCUCAGACCUCCCUCAUGUUGUCUCCUCCUCAGACCUCCCUCCUGUGGUCUCCUCCUCAGACAUCCCUCCUGUUGUCUCCUCCUCAGACAUCCCUCCUGUUGUCUCCUCCUCAGACCUCCCUCCUGUGGUCUCCUCCUCAGACCUCCCUCCUGUUGUCUCCUCCUCAGACCUCCCUCCUGUUGUCUCCUCCUCAGACCUCCCUCCUGUUGUCUCCUCCUCAGACAUCCCUCCUGUUGUCUCUCCUCAGACCUCCCUCCUGUGGUCUCCUCCUCAGACCUCCCUCCUGUUGUCUCCUCCUCAGACCUCCCUCCUGUUGUCUCCUCCUCAGACCUCCCUCCUGUUGUCUCCUCCUCAGACAUCCCUCCUGUUGUCUCUCCUCAGACAUCCCUCCUGUGGUCUCCUCCUCAGUCUAACCUGUUGUCUCUCCUCAGACCUCCCGCUGCCCAGGUUUGUGGGGCUCCAGACUGAGGCAGAGGUGUGGUACCCCUCCGCUCCUGCAGGAGGAGGAGAGGGCACUGGACCUGGAUUCUCCUGGACAAAAGCAGACAGAAACACAUACAGACAUGUGGAUUCUGCGGCCGAGAAGGAGCUGUGGUCUCCCCCCAGGUCUCCGAGCGUCUCCCCCCCUCGCUCUCCCCCAGGCUACCAUGGUUAUGCCUUCCCUAGGAACGGGACAGAGCCCCACAUGGUCUAUGAUCCGCUCUCGUCUCGCUCAGUCGCUCACAUAGAGACUAACUCCUCUCCCGGACACUACUCCAUCUCCUCAUCUGACCUCUCCUCUGCUCCUCUGGUCCAGUCUGGCUCCUGUGAGAGACUUGACCAGCAGGGGGCGGUGUCCUGUGAGGAUGACCCCUGGAGGAUCACAGAGGAGCAGCUGCAGUAUUACACACACCAGUUCACACGUCUGCAGCCGGACCUGGGCGCUCUCAUCAUUGGAGCCUUGGCCAAAGACUUCUUCACAAAAUCAAAGUUGCCGAUUCCAGAGCUUUCGCACAUUUGGGAGCUGAGUGACGUGGACAGAGACGGGGCUCUCACCUUCUCAGAGUUCUGCACAGCCUUCCAUCUGAUCGUGGCUCGUAAAAAUGGCUACCCCCUCCCUGAGAGCCUGCCCCCCCCUCUGAGACCUGUCCAGGAGAGGGAGGAGGAGGACGAGGAGGAGGAGGAGGAGGAGGUGCCGGACACUCCCCAAAGCGUGGAGCCCCUGAUUGUCUUCGAGGACCCUGAGAUGAACACACAGAGAACAGAGAUUGCAGAAAGACUUCAGCCACAAAUACAACUAAAUACAAGUGAGGAGGACUCUAAACAAGCUGACGCACACGUGCGAGGAGCAGCCCUGUUUCAACCCACUCCUUUUUCAUUUCCACAAAGACCAGCCGAUGAAAAUCUCUGCCAGAGGAAGACUCCAGUUCCUUCAACCUGGGCCCCUGAAGCGUGGCUUAGAGAAUCCGCCUCCGAACAAGGUGCCGCAGCCAAACUUCGCCGACUUCAGUCACUUUCGAGAAGAGGUGAGAUCCCGUCACCCACCUCACCCCCUUCACCCUCCUCACCCACCUCACCCACCUCACCCCCUUCACCCUCCUCACCCACCUCACCCACCUCACCCCCUUCACCCUCCUCACCCACCUCACCCACCUCACCCCCUUCACCCUCCUCACCCCACCUCACCCACCUCACCCCCUUCACCCACCUCACCCACCUCACCCCCUUCGCCCUCCACACCCACCUCACCCACCUCACCCCCUUCGCCCUCCACACCCACCUCACCCACCUCACCCCCUUCACCCCUCUCAGACUCAAACCUGUAAUAAAGAUUUCUGAGCAGGCACUUCAAAGCCCGCCCUCUCCCUCGUUUAUAAACCUGGAUCAUAUUGAUAGAAAGGAGGAGAGCAGCCUGAAGAUCCCAGGAUCCAGGUUCAGGAUGAGCUCUGUGGACAAUUCUGCUCAGGAUCUGCUCCUCGGGGCUCCACAGAAACCAGCCCGGAGGAAGUUCCAUCCAGAAAUCCCAAAUAUGGACGUCCCCCCUCUGGCCAUAUCUCUGGCUCCUCCCACCAAGGCUCCACAGAAGCUGUUGUCGAAGCAGAAGAGAGAGAUCCAGAUGGCCAUCCGCAAGAACAAGGAAACCAAUGCUGUUCUCAGGCGUCUGAACAGCGAACUGCAGCAACAACUCAAGGUCGCACACCAGGAGAGGGUCACGCUGGAGUCCCACCUGGAGCUGGUGCGUCCGGCCAUCGUCACAUGA